AUGGAGCAAGAACAAGAGCAACAACCUCUUCCACUUUCCCUUUCUCUUUCUGUUGUCUCUGCUGCUUCUGCUCCUUCUACCUCUUCAGACGAACACUCCAAUCCAUCAGAUGCAGUGAUCUUCUUUGGUCUCAGUUUGGCUCUGGGGAUUGCUUGUAGGCACCUCUUGCGUGGGACUAGAGUUCCUUACACAGUUGCCUUGCUCAUCAUUGGCAUUGCACUUGGAUCAAUAGGUCCCACCCGUCUCUUUUUCAUCAUCCUUUUGUUGUUUCUUAAUCUUGGAUUUGUUUGGCUGGAAUAUGGUACUCAUCAUCGGCUGGGAAAGAUUGGAGAUGGAAUUCGUCUUUGGUCAGAGAUUGAUCCAGACCUUCUGUUAGCCGUUUUUCUUCCUGCUCUCCUUUUUGAGAGCUCAUUCUUAAUGGAAGUUCACCAAAUUAAGAGGUGCCUUGCACAAAUGCUCUUACUAGCUGGUCCUGGUGUUGCUCUUUCAACCGUUUGUCUUGGAGUUGUUAUGAAGCUUACUUUUCCAUACAACUGGGGUUGGAAAACAUCACUUUUGCUUGGGGGACUUCUGAGUGCAACUGAUCCUGUUGCUGUUGUGGCUUUGUUGAAAGAUCUUGGUGCCAGCAAAAAAUUAAGCACAAUAAUUGAAGGGGAAUCCUUGAUGAAUGAUGGGACGGCUAUUGUCGUUUAUACUCUUUUCUAUCGGAUGGUUCUUGGAGAGACCUUCAAUUGGGUUGCUAUAAUCAAAUUUCUAGCACAAGUUUCACUUGGAGCGUAG